GGGAAGGAGACUUGGUCUGAAAGAUGCCACGUUCCUUCGUCCUCUCCGGGUGCAGCAGAAUACGGUCUGCGUUGCGGAGUCGUGGGUGAGUGGGUGAAAGAGGAUGCUGCCCACACGUGAAGCCUCCAGAGGAUCCUGGCCUGGCAGCUGAGCUCCCCCUGGACCUGGGACCUCAGGUGUAACUUGGUGUCAAGUGCAUGAAAGGUGCCUGAGUUUUGCCAGCUGUUUUCAGCAAUGCUUACUUACCACACUGGCUUGGGUUUUGGAAUCUAAGGUGAGCUGGUAGAAAGAGGAGCUGGCAGAGGUAGAAAGAAGCCCCCAGAAGCCUCCAGAAUCCAUUGACAGGAACCCUUCAUACUGCUUGAAACAGAGAGAGGCUGUGAUACAACUGAGCUUUGGACCAUCUUAAAGGAUACAGCAGUUUGGCAAACAGCUCUUGCAUUUCAGCCAGAAAGAACCUCUUGUAACAAAGUAUUUAAAGGGGAGAGUUUCUGCAUCUUUUACUUUGAGGGCCAUUGUGGUAGAAAACUUUGCGUUCCCAUAGAUAAUGAUACUGGUUUUUCUCUCCAAGAUGCAAGAUUUAAAAGAAGUAUGAGCCAUUCUAAGCUUCAGGCAGGGUUCAGGAAGCACAGACGCUGGGGAACAGCCCUCCCGAUGCAGGUCAAGAAAGCAGCCUGAGCUUCCACCUUAGGCAGCGCGGCGAGCGUGGACAUAUGCCAUUCCUGUCUCCAGAGAGCUGGUGCAGUGACCUCACCCAGAGAAAAAGCAUCUCUCCACUGCGGGACUUGACAGAAUGAGGUGUGCUAGGGAGGCCACUAGCUGGGACCUGGCCUUUCCUGACUGCCCCUUCGUCACACGGGCAGCCCCAGACCACUGAGCCAACAAUGGCCGAGAAGGGCGACUGCUUUGCCAGCGUCUACGGAUAUGACCUCGGUGGGCGCUUCGUUGACUUCCAGCCCCUGGGCUUUGGUGUCAACGGGCUGGUGCUGUCAGCUGUGGACAGCCGGGCUUGCCGGAAGGUGGCCGUGAAGAAGAUCGCCCUCAGCGACGCCCGCAGCAUGAAGCACGCGCUCCGGGAGAUCAAGAUCAUCCGUCGCCUGGACCAUGACAACAUCGUCAAGGUGUAUGAGGUGCUGGGCCCCAAGGGCACCGACCUGCAGGGCGAGCUGUUCAAGUUCAGCGUGGCUUACAUCGUCCAGGAGUACAUGGAGACCGACCUGGCACGCCUGCUGGAGCAGGGCACGCUCACGGAGGAGCACGCCAAGCUCUUCAUGUACCAGCUGCUCCGUGGGCUCAAAUACAUCCACUCCGCCAACGUGCUGCACAGGGACCUGAAGCCCGCCAACAUCUUCAUCAGCACGGAGGACCUCGUGCUCAAGAUCGGGGAUUUUGGGUUGGCAAGGAUCGUUGAUCAGCACUACUCGCACAAGGGUUAUCUGUCGGAAGGGCUGGUGACAAAGUGGUACCGCUCCCCACGACUGCUCCUGUCGCCCAACAACUACACCAAAGCCAUUGACAUGUGGGCCGCCGGCUGCAUCCUGGCUGAGAUGCUCACGGGGAAAAUGCUCUUUGCUGGGGCUCACGAGCUGGAGCAGAUGCAGCUCAUCCUGGAGACCAUCCCUGUGAUCCGGGAGGAGGACAAGGACGAGCUGCUCAGGGUGAUGCCCUCCUUCGUCAGCAGCACCUGGGAGGUGAAGCGGCCGCUGCGCAAGCUGCUCCCCGAAGUGAACAGUGAAGCCAUAGACUUUCUGGAGAAGAUCCUGACCUUUAACCCCAUGGAUCGUCUAACAGCCGAGAUGGGGCUGCAGCACCCCUACAUGAGCCCGUACUCGUGCCCCGAGGACGAGCCCACCUCGCAGCACCCCUUCCGCAUCGAGGAUGAGAUUGACGACAUCGUGCUGAUGGCCGCCAACCAGAGCCAGCUUUCCAACUGGGACAGGUACCCUGUGAGCCUGUCAUCGGACCUGGAGUGGCGGCCCGACCGGUGCCAGGACGCGAGCGAGGUGCAGCGCGACCCGCGCGCGGGCUCGGCGCCGCUGGCGGAGGACGUGCAGGUGGACCCGCGCAAGGACUCGCAGAGCAGCUCGGGCCGCUUCCUGGAGCAGUCGCACUCGUCCAUGGAGCGCGCCUUCGAGGCCGACUACGGGCGCUCGUGCGACUACAAGGUGGGCUCGCCGUCCUACCUGGACAAGCUGCUGUGGCGCGACAACAAGUCGCACCACUACUCCGAGCCCAAGCUCAUCCUGGACCUGUCGCAUUGGAAGCAGGCGGCAGGGGCGCCCCCCACGGCCGCGGUGGCGGCGGCGGCCGCGGUGGCGCGCGAGGACGAGCCGGCCAGCCUCUUCCUGGAGAUCGCGCAGUGGGUCAAGAGCACGCAGGGCGGCCCCGAGCGCGCCAGCCCGCCCCCCGCCGAGCGCCGCUUGGCCGCCUCCCCGCCCGGCCGCCCGGCCCCGGUCGACGGCGGCGCCAGCCCCCAGUUCGACCUGGACGUGUUCAUCUCCCGCGCCCUGAAGCUCUGCACGAAGCCCGAGGACCUGCCAGACAAUAAACUGGGCGACCUCAACGGCGCAUGCAUCUCCGAGCACCCUGGCGACCUCGUGCAGACAGAGGCCUUCUCCAAAGAAAGGUGGUGAGGGCGGAGGGGGCGCUCCAGGCUCCCCCCGCUGUCCCAGCAGGAGGCCGCCCGAAAAAGCUGGGCCUGGCUGGAGGA